AUGCCUUCUGCCGCACCUUCACAAGCAGAUGCCACCCUGGGCGACCACAUCCUCGGUGGUCACCCAGAAAGUCGGCCUCGGAUCUCGCAGCCAUUGGCUUACACGGGAAGCCUUGACAACAUCCAACAACUCGACGUCACUCCCGUAAUUGGUCGUGAAUACACUGGACUCCAAAUCCGUGACCUGUUGCGAUGGGACGAGAGGCUCAUCCGUGACCUCGCUGCCACCAUUUCGCAGCGUGGAGUUGUAUUCCUCAAGAACCAAGAUGUGACCCCCGAAGAGAUGAAGGAUUUCAUGCUUCGUCUCACUGAAGUCGCUGGGUGUCCUGCCAGCUCUGGGCUGCAUAUUCAUCCUUUGACAGAGGAGGGUAGUGAGCUUGGUGAUCAGAUCAGUGUCAUCUCAAGCGAGAAGCAGAAGAAGGGAGGCGGUUUGACGCAUCAAUUGAGUGAUGUGAGUCGGUUUGCUAGUGCUGGCUGGCAUAGUGAUAUCACCUUUGAAAAGGUCCCGUCAGACUAUGCCAUGCUCAAAAUCCACACACUACCAGCCACCGGUGGUGAUACGCUCUGGGCCUCUGGCUACGAGAUCUACGACCGGCUAUCGCCGCCAAUGAAGCAGUUCCUCGAAGGACUGACUGCAACCCACGACGCAUCCUUCUUCCAUGAUGAAGCUGCCCGCCUUGGCAACCCUCUACGCAAGGGCAUCCGUGGUUCUCCUCUGAACCAGGGCGAAAACCUUUCUGCCGUACACCCCCUCGUCAGAACGAACCCAGUCACAGGCUGGAAGUCAGUGUACGUCAACAAGGGCUUCACCAAGCGUAUCAACGGCCUCUCCAAAGAUGAGAGCGACACGCUGCUGAGCUACCUGUUCAACCUCGUCACGCAGAAUCACGAUGCCCAGGUGAGAUAUCGAUGGAGCAAGAAUGACUGCGCCAUUUGGGAUAAUAGGUCGACGCUGCACUGCGCUACGUACGACUACGAUGCGGCUCGGGCUGGUGACCGGGUUUGCAGUCUGGGUGAAGCGCCAUAUCUUGAUACUACGAGCAAGGGACGUAAGGAAGCAUUGGGAAUUUAA